GUACGAGAUUUCGAUAUGAUGAGGCUUCUGGCCUUGACUUUGGCGCUGGGAGCAACAGUUGCAUCACUGGCGCAGCAGGAAGACUGUGCGGACGAGCCCGACAACUUUUCCAGAUUGUCGGAAGUCAGUCUCCUCCAGUCACACACCGUGACGCAUGCAACGACCUUCGGGCAGCAUGGGCUCGGACGCAGUGCCGUGGAGGCAGCUACAGGUGGGCUCGGCCUGCCUGUGGCCAUUACCGUUGCAGCGGCCAUUGCGCUCUUCGUGCUCGACAAAACCUAUGAGUCGGUCCAGGAGUACUCGGCCAUCUUCGCAGAGUUUCUGGGGACCUUCGCUCUCGUCUUUACCGUGGCCUGCUGCGUGGCCACCGGCAGCGCGGUCUGGAAUGCCACGGCGAUUGCAUGCGUGCUCAUGGUCAUGGUCUAUGGCACAGGACCUGUGUCUGGCGGCCACCUGAACCCUGCCGUGACGCUCGCUUUGGCCUGGUCCGAGAAGUUCCCGUGGGAAAAGGUGCCCGUCUACUGUGCGACCCAGAUCACGGCCGGCAUAGCCGCCGGCAGCUGCGCAGCCAACCUCUUCGGUCUCGAGACUGCUUCGCCUCUUGCUCCAGUCGGUGAGUUCACGUGGCCUUAUGCCUUCUUCGUGGAGGCAACUUACACCUUCAUGCUUUGCUUUGUGGUCCUGAACACAGCAGCAUCGAAGCGGAACAACGAAAAAGGCGAUGGCAACCAGUUCUUCGGUUUGGCCAUCGGCUUUGUCAUCAUUGCUGGCGGCUAUGCCUCCGGAGACGUUUCAGGUGCUUGCUUCAAUCCUGCUGUCGCCUUUGGCUUGGACUUCUCCAGCAUCAACUCUGGAAUGAGCUGGGGCUUUGGGUGGACGGGCAUGGAGAUUUUCGGAGCCGGGUGCGCAGCGCUGGCAUUCCGCUUUGUCCGGCCCGAGGACUUUUCCUUGGUCGAGCUCAGCACAUACGAGCCGAGUUUGCCCGUGAAGUUGGUGAGUGAAUUCUUGGGCACCUUCAUGCUCGUCCUCACGGUGGGGCUGAACGUGGUGCUCGGCUCUGCCUCAACAGCUUGGUCGGCUGCAGCUGCGCUGAUGUGCAUGAUUUAUGCACUGGGCGACGUGUCUGGCGCUCACUUUAACCCCGCUGUCUCCCUCGCCGUGAAGCUCAGAGGCAAGUGCAGCUGGACUGACUUCGGGACCUACAUUCCGGUGCAACUUCUCGCCGGGGCCAGCGCCGGAGCCAUUGUAAGCGUCUUUCACAAGAUCGGCACCGGCAAGGACAGCGCCCAUUUCUUGGAGCCGGGGAAGGGGCACAGCGUGGUCGAAGCUGGCAUUGCCGAGAUGGUCUUCACCUUCGUCCUGUGCUACGUGGUCUUGGCCACUGCGACUAUCGCCAAGCCCGGGUCGCAGCUGACCAAGCAGAACUUCUACUUCGGCUUGGCAAUCGCCUCGUGUGUCACUGCCGGUGGCUUUGCUGCUGGAGCACUGUCCGGUGGUGAGCUGAACCCGGCGGUGUCAACAGGACUUACGGUGGCCAGCUCCAUCUACUCACCUGCGGGAGCCGAAAGCAAUGGUUCGGCGAUUGUGAAUUUGCUCGCAUUUAGCGGCUUUGAGUUCGCCGGAGCGCUACUGGCCGUGAUUGCGUUCUAUGUGACCCACCCGACGGAGAUGGAAAAGGAAGCGACCUGGUACUCCUGCUAUGUGGCCGAGUUCCUGGGCACCUUUGUGCUGGUCUUUACCGUGGUUUGCAACGUGCUGGCUUCCAACGAGAACUGGUCACCUACUUCAAUUGCUUGCUCCUUGAUGGUCAUGAUCUAUGCAACGGGAGGAGUGUCCGGAGGUCACCUGAAUCCAGCAGUCACCUUUGCCAUUUCUUUGGCGACCGGUGAUUGGUCGUUGAAAGCAGUGGGGUAUGUCGCAUCACAGCUCGUCGGUGGCAUUGCCGCUGGUUUCGCUGCUUGCAGCCUGUUCACAGAUGUGGCCGAUGUUGGUGCGAAGGAUCCUUAUCACCUAUCCUACGCACUGAUGGCAGAGCUCAUCUACACUGCCAUGUUGGCCUUCACCGUGCUUAAUGUCGCGGUCUCUAAGCGCAACAACCCUGGCACUGAUGGCAACAACUUCUAUGCCUUAGCUAUUGCCUGGGUCAUCAUCGCCGGAGGCUAUGCGGUCGGAGGAGUCUCAGGCGCCGCCUUCAACCCGGCAGUGGCCAUCGGCCUGGAUGUCUCGAGCUACAGCAAGGGCGUCGGCAUGGGCUUUCUCUGGGGUUUGUUUGAACUUCUGGGAGCUGUGGUGGCAGUGGCGCUCUACCGGGUGCUUCGGCCGGAGGACUAUCUCGAUCUUGACACCGCUGCCUUGGACAACUACCAACCUUCGUUGUCAGCAAAGCUCCUCAGUGAGUUCCUUGGCGUCUUCAUGCUCGUGCUGACUGUCGGCCUCAACCUUGUGAAUGGCUCCCCGGCGACAGCGUGGUCGGCAGCGGCAGCUUUGAUGUGCAUGAUCUAUUGUUUGGGAAACAUCUCCGGAGCUCACCUCAAUCCUGCUGUGACCAUGGCCGUUGUGGCCAGUGGCCGAAAGCUCUGUCAUCACUCUGAAGGCGUAGCUUACGCUUCGACGCAGCUUUUGGCAGGCACAGUCGCGGGCUUUGUUUACAGCAUGUACCAUGCUGCUGGACCGAAGAAGGCAGAUUACAUUGGGCUUGGGCCUGGCCCUGGAUCGGACUACACCUUGACGCAGGCUGGCCUCGUGGAGCUGUCUGCCACUUUGCUCUUGGCCUACGUCGUGCUCAGCUGCGCCACAGUCCCCCCAGCCGGGGGCGAUACCAAGACUAAAAACAGCUUCUACUUCGCCUUGGCCAUCGGGUCGUGUGUUACGGUUGGUGGCUUUGCCAUCGGUGCAGUGUCCGGAGGCCGAGAGCAAAGGGAACUUCGCAUUUCUGGGGUGUGCGGCCGCUGA